UAGCGAUUGUCCCUGCGCUAAGAUUGGCUCUCGUCACAAGGAACGUGGAGUUUCCACAAAUGGCUUAGGACCGCCAGCAGAGAUGACCACAACAGCAUCAUCCGUUAGGUUUGGGAGGAAGAACCAUGGCUGAUAGUGCCACGCCGUCGUCGCCGCCUGUGAGUCUCUACCAAGACUCUGCUGCCACCGCUACUCUGGGUGAGCUGACGGCUGCCGACAGUGCGUCCAUGGACCUGUACACAAAGGACCUCCGCAGAAGCAUCAUCGCCGCUUAUCACGAGACGGACCGGGAGCACCACUCGACCAUCAACACUUACAGGGCCCUCAGGCAAAACCACAUGUGGCCGGGCAUGUACAUGGAUGUGCAGGGUUUCGUUUCGACGUGUGGCCCGUGUCAUGACAGCAGUACCAAGGACGGUGCCAGCAACGACCAUAGCUACGUGAGGGAGGAGCACGUGUGCAAGAGCGAUCCGUGUCACAGUGCGUCACUACUCGCAGCGCUCGACCGCCAGCGGCAGGACGGCGGUCAACCGCUGAGCGACGUGACGCUGCUGGUGGAGGGAAGUGCGCUGCGCGCUCACCGCUGCGUGCUGGCCGCUUGCAGCGGCACUCUGCAGGAGCUGCUCGAACGCAACCACGGCUCCGUCGUGCACCUGCCAGGCUUUCCGAAGCACACCUUCCUGCCGCUGCUUGACUUCUGCUACACCUCCAAACUCUCCUACCCCAUCAGCCAGGGCUGCGAGGUGCAGACCCUGGCCGAGAUCCUGCAGAUGGACGGCGCGCUUGGGUUGUUUGAGGCCGGGGCCCCUGCACGGCACCCCGGUCCCGACGUCUCACGCUCCGCCGAGUGUGUGGCCUCUCCGCCUCAACAGCCGCCCGACGCCACGGUGCCUGACAGGCUGCAUCACACAAACCGCUUGCUUGGCCCGGACUCGCCGCCUCACCCACCACUCUCGGUGUCGCGUUCGGUGCAGACGGAACCCUGCGACUGGCCUCACUCGAUGCACUCAUUCGGCACGGCCGGCGAGGCAAACCCGACCGCCUGCCCACGCCCCGGCCAUCUGGCCGGUAAGAGGCCAUUCGACAGGUCCGGCCCAGAACGACCGUCACUCAAGCAGAUUAAGCUGGAGGUGGAGAGAGUCUGCCUGAAAGACGUCAGAAUAUCGAGCGGGGCGGUGCCGAGCUCAUUGCCCGUGGUCGAGCCGGGCCGGGUUUCUCCGGAAUGGAGCGUUCGGUCCCUUCCGGAAGUUGGGCUAUCCGUGCAGACGCUCAAGAAGCACAGGCUGCUGGCUGCUCUGGGCCUGCGGUGCAGCGUAUUGGAGUCUCCAAAGUCACCGCCGUCGUCCCUCGUGUCAUCGUGCGCGGGUGCGGUGCCAGGAACGUGUGGCUUCAGUGCGAGGCAGCAGCAGGAGCUGAUACCAAAUGGUAUGUGGCGCUUCAACAAGCUUCUGCGCAGGCGCAUGGUGCAAGGAUUCACACCGCCGAGCGCCUACCUGCAGAAGAAGCAGGGCAAGGUGCCGCUGAAGCGCAGGCAGGCCUUCAAUGAAGGCGCCCAUGUUGGGCCAACGCAGCAGUCGGUUCUGCAAGCUCCGAAAGGCGACGCCGUUGUUGUCGCCGCCGCCGCCGUCUUGGCAGCGGCGGCGGUGCCCAAGAAGAGAGGGCGACCGCGCAAGACACUGCAGCAGUCGGCUGCGGAAGAGGCCUUGCCCAAGCAGAAGCGCUCCUACACGAAGAGACAGAUGUGGCCGCCACAAAUGAGGCACGCGGCCGGGGCGGGCGACGGCAUCCCGUCGGUUCCCGCUUUGCCGAGACGACGUGGACGCCCCCGCAAGUACCCGCCUAUGCUCGAACCAGUCGGUAACAACGCAGGCCAGCCCGUCCCUCACAUUGUGCCAAAGCAAACGUCGGCAAGCCCCGUGCCGAGUGGUAACCGGGCCCCGGCAACCGCCGUCAUUGGCGGCAGUGACAAAGAUUCGACGGCGUGCGCUUGGAGGAGGGCGCAGAUUCAUGAUUCGGUCUCUUGCCUUGGUGAGGCAGACGGCGAGGCUGGCGAAGGCGUGGUCGUGCCGCUGGAGCACUGUGCCGGAUUGAGGGCAUGGUCCGGGGCUCUCGCGGGAGCAGUGGUGGUCAGCGAAGGGGAGGCGCGGGCCGAUCCAAAUGGCGUGCAGUCCUGCGAGGGUUCGGAGCCCCCCGCGAAGAGGAAGAGAGGUCGUCCUCGUAAAGCGACACUGCUGACACCGUUGGGAGAGAGGUGGUCGUUGAUUGGGAGCGGUUGCUCCGAAAAAAGCGGCCACGCGGAUGGUGCCGAGUUUGAAAAUUCGCGAACAAUUGGUGAGACAAAUGGAGGAGCUUUUAGCUCUAAAAUAAUUGAGAGCAUGCAGGCAAGUGCUGGUAGAAAGUUGAAUCUGAAACCAGAAAAGGUUGUUAUUGAUGAUAGUGGAGCUGUAGAAAUCCAGGAAACUAAGCAGCCACAAGUGAAUAACUCGGCGGGAGAACGUUCAAAUGAAGAUUGUCGUUUUUCUGGACCCAAUGAGGAAUGCAAAGAUGACAAUCAUAUUGUUAAUGAGGAGCAACUGACAAUGGGGAGGGGAAAAUCUCCAAAGAAAUCGCACACCUCUCCCAAAACAGGCUCGGAACAAUCAUCACAAUCCCCAAAAAUGAGUCUGCGCUCAAACAGCGGCUCCUGCAUGGAAUUUAUCAACAGGAUUAUUCCCCAACUCCUCCUCUUUCCACUGCCACCUUCGCCCAUGGGAUCAGUGGCAGGAGUGGAGAAUGACCACUGUAGCGUGGAGAGGAGCCAGAAAGAGACCGCGCAGAGCUCCAAAGCCGAUGCCCUGAGUGUGCAGAUGGGUGAGUUUCUGCAAAAACCCAAGGAGAAGAGAGUGCCGGAGAAGAGAGAGGCGGGGAAGAGAGAGGCAGAGAAGAGAGCGGCAGAGAAGAGAGAGAUGGAGAAGAGAGAGGCGGAGAAGAGAGAGGCGGGGAGGAAAGAGGCGGAGAAGAGAGAGAUGGAGAAAAGAGAGGCGGAGAAGGGAGAGGCGGAGAAGAGAGAGACGGAAAAGAGAGAGGCGGGGAAGAGAGAGACGGAAAAGAGAGAGGCGGGGAAGAGAGAGGCGGAGAAGGGAGAGGCGGAGAAGGGAGUGGCGGGGAAGAGAGAGGCGGGGAAGAGAGAGGCGGGGAGGAAAGAGGCGGGGAGGAAAGAGGCGGAAAAGAGAGAGGCGGAGAAGGGAGAGGCGGAGAAGGGAGAGGCGGAGAAGGGAGAGGCGGAGAAGGGAGAGGUUGAGAAGGGAGAGGCGGAGAAGGGAGAGGCGUGGAGGAAAGAGGCGGAGAAGAGAGAGGCGGGGAAGAGAGAGGCGGAGAAGAGAGAGGCGGAGAAGAGAGAGGCGGAGAAGAGAGAGGCGGAGAAGAGAGAGGCGGAGAAGAGAGAGGCGGAGAAGGGAGUGGCGAAGAGGAAAGAGGCGGAAAAGAGAGAGGCGGAGAAGAGAGAGGCGGAGAGGAAAGAGGCGGAAAAGAGAGAGGCGGAGAAGAGAGAGGCGGAGAAGAGAGAGGCGGAGAAGAGAGAGGCGGGGAAGAGAGAGGCGGAGAAGGGAGUGGCGGAGAGGAAAGAGGCGGAAAAGAGAGAGGCGGAGAAGAGAGAGGCGGAGAAGAGAGAGGCGGAUAAGAGAGAGGCGGGGAAGAGAGAGGCGGAGAAGGGAGAGGCGGGGAGGAAAGAGGCAGAGAAGAGAGAGGCGGGGAAGAGAGAGGCGGGAAGGAGAGAGACGGAAAAGAGAGAGGCGGGGAAAAGAGAGGCGGAGAAGGGAGAGGCGGAGAAGGGAGAGGCGGAGAAGGGAGAGGCGGAGAAGGGAGAGGCGGAGAAGGGAGAGGCGGGGAGGAGAGAUACGGGAAGGAGAGGGGGGGCGGCAGUGACACCGGUUAUGGCGAGGAAGAGCUAUUACAUGAGGCGCAGUUCGGAAUCCGUAACCGCCAAGCCCGAAUGCAAGGAUUCGGAGCGCAAGCGGAGAUCCAAGAAGAUAAACAUCUUAUGCCUGAAGCCCAUCAGCAGCUCCGUGUCUCGGAAGAAAAACACGUUGAAUUUGCAGCCGAGGAAAGAAACCUUGGUAUCGAAAAAGCUGCUCUGA